AUGCAUGGCCCCCAGGUCAAAGAGCAACUGACGGACAAGCGUGGGGUAGGCGUUAAAGUUCAAGUCACCGGGAAAUGGUUCAAUCAGCGCCACGCGUCGUUGAUGCAUGGCGAUGACGCGGCCACGAUUCGUCUCAAAAGGAAUGAGUGCCGCGUACAGCUGCGCAAUAUCCUUGACAAUAUCAAUGUGCUCCGUGCAGCAACCAUCGUACAAGUAAUACUCGAGCGCCUUGUUAAACCAGGCAUUGGCCUCCUUGAAGCACUCACGCGCCUCCUCAAAGGUCUCAAUCGCCGGGAGCGGCUGCGGUGGCGGAAUAUCAAUAGGAAAAUCAACCCACCAUUCUUCAAACCCGUCUGGUAA